CGUGGUAUUGAACACAAGUAUCGAGGCCAUUUUCGGUUUGAGAGUAGACGGUAUCGAUUGCAGAAUGUUGAAUCAUGAAAUAGCUCGGGAAUAAGUGAUUUCAAUUUACUCGUUUGUGUAGUAAAACGGAAUUAAGAACUGGAGAAAUACAAAAUAUAUAUUUUUUGGUCAUUACAAUUUAUUGUUUAAUUAAAAUGGAUUAAACUAUUUAUAAGAGUGAACACAAUUUACGAAUCUUACCUUUAGCUUUGUUUGAACAGUGUAACAGUGUUAAAAGAUGUUUUCAAAGAGUAAUUGGAUUUAACAUUUAGAAUUAUAAUCGUGAUGUAUCCGUGUGAUUACCAGUAGAUGUGCAAAUUCAGUAUGGAUGUUUGUCAGUGUGUUACAGCGCUGUGCGUGCUGGUAUACAGCCUGUGUGUGGGGCUGGUGGCCAGUAUAAAUGUACAUGUAGACCUGAGGGGUUACCAGGGGCCGGGUCCCUGGUCCGUGUUCAAUGUCGCCCUUGGACACAACUGGUCAUACUAUAUUGAUCAGUCCAAGUGGACUAGAUCGCUGGACAAUAUCAUUUCAUUAGACUCCAGCUCAGGAAUGAUUUACAUCAAAGACUCAGAUGUAUGCUCACAUAUUUCACAGGAUCAUAUUGAAAUCCAAGUUUUAGCAAGGCAACAUUUUCAUUUGAACAAUUUAUCAGCAAAUUCCACAUUGACGUCAUUGACAAUCCAUUUUCAUAACCUGCCAUGCAGUGUUCGUCCUGCACAUAGAAAGACAUUGUUCUCAACGUUAGAAAGGCCUUCCCUGCGUAUUGUGAUAUUUAGUGACGUGUUCACCCACUCAUAUCUUCUGUAUUGCCUUGAAAAGGAUGUUGUGUUGCUGUCCCUAAUUCCUUACAUUCCCAUUGCACUUCAAAGCCAAAUAUGUGAUCUUGAAAUCCAAAGAACUUUAAACAAUUCUGGAGCAAAGUAUUUUAUCAACUCAAGUUCCUAUGAAAUCAUCACUGGGAAUGCACAGUGUCAGUUUAAAGCUGAAUUACAAAUACCUAUAACUUUGAAACUCUGUGGUGAAAAUGGUUCCAGCAAAAUUACUGUCCAAGUGUUAAUUUAUCCAUCUUCAACUAGAAGUUCAGAGUUCACAGUUGUUGGCUCAAACAAUGUUAAAUCAAGAUUGAAAAGGGGUAUCACCUCCACUAAACCUGAAUUUUCACAGACAACCUACACAGCGGACAUUGCAGAAAACUUGCCAUCAGGAACUUCAGUGAUUUUAAUCACUGCCACUGACAGUGACUUUGGAGAAGAUGGGAAACUCACAUACAGUCUCACAUCAAUCCUAGACACGCGCAGCAAUGACAUGUUCACGAUCGACCCUAUCUCUGGCAAGGUGACCACCACAGUUCAGUUGGAUCGAGAGGUCAUUCCUCGCCAUGUGUUCAUUGUCGCUGCAACAGAUAGUAGUUUUUGGCAACUCUCAGCAACCGCUUCACUAACUAUAAAUGUGAACGAUGAAAACGACCAUGUGCCAACAUUCGAUGAAGAAGUGUACAGAGUAAGUAAGAUGGAGAACCUUCCUACCAACAGUGUGAUCUACACUGUACGUGCCACUGACGGAGACAUUGACCAGAAUGCAGACAUCCGUUACAGCAUCAUCUCUCCUCCUAACUCAGCCAUGUUCAAGAUUGACCCGGUCAGUGGCAGUAUCUCCACACUUCAGGUACUCAACAGAGAGGUGCAGGCUCGGUAUACCCUGGUGGUACAGGCCAUCGACCAGGCCCCAUUUGGGAAGCAAAAGUCAUCCACAGCCACCAUUGAAAUAACAGUUGAAGAUGAGAAUGACAGUACUCCUCAGUUUGAUCAAAGUACAUACACACUAAAUCUGACAGAGAAUCUAGAUGUGUCAGGUCGGCCAGUGAUUGCUCGUGUGUCAGCCACCGACGCUGAUGAAGGUCUCAACAAGGAGAUCAUCUACUCCAUCACAACGGGAAACACAAACAACACUUUCUCCAUCGACUCUGCGACUGGGGAAAUCUCCGUCCAGCAGCCUCUUGAUUAUGAAAAGACUAGAGACUUCAAACUGCGAGUAAAGGCCUCAGACAAAGGCCAGUCACCCAAGCAUAACAGUACUACAGUUUGGAUUCAGAUUAUUGAUCUGAAUGACAACACCCCAUACUUCCAGAGUGACCUGUACAAAGGUGCUGUGUUAGAGUCUUCAACAAUCGGCACUAGCGUAUUGACAGUCCAUGCCUUAGAUUUAGACUCUGGAGUGAACGCCAUCCUGAAAUACUCCCUUGUUAAUGAACUAAAUUCUUCAUUCUCAAUAAACGCCAAUACAGGUGAAAUAUCUGUCCGGGCUACAAUUGACCGGGAAAUGCAGAGCACAUUCUUGUUUGCCGUACAAGUCAGGGACAGUGGUCAGCCACAAUUAUCGAGUACUGCCUCUGUGGAGAUCACCAUCACAGACCUGAACGACAACAGUCCUGUGUUUGUAAAGAAAGUCUACAACCUGACACUUUCAGAGGACACUCAACAGUACAAGCAAGUGUUGACGGUGGAGGCCAACGAUGCUGAUGCUGACCUGAACGCUGCCAUUACUUAUGAAAUCACCAGUGGGAAUGGAGAUGGGACUUUCUCUGUUAACCCACAGAGUGGUGUCAUUACCCUACAGAGGACGUUAGACUACAAGAUAACUCCAAAGUACAUUCUUACAAUCAGUGCCAAAGAUGUUGAUAACAGGCUUGAUACAGCAGAGGUCUAUAUCUACAUAACUGACAUCAAUAAGCACACCCCACAAUUUAGCAAGAGCACAUAUAGCUUUGAUGUUGCAGAGGGGGAAAUAAUCGGAACAAGUGUUGGUAGAGUCUCAGCCACUGAUGAAGAUAUUGGUGAAAAUGGAAGAGUAACAUAUGAAAUCCUUGGACAGAUUAAAGAAUUUUCAAUCAAUGCUGACACUGGAGAAAUUUACUCAAGGGAAGUGCUGGACCGAGAAUUACAGGCAGCCUACUCCUUUGAUGUGAGGGCCAGUGACCAUGGCAAACCAGUGAAAUCUGAGGUAGCAGGAGUGUUUAUAGAGGUGACAGAUAUCAAUGACAAUGCACCGAUGUUUUCAAAGGAUAUAUAUGAGGCUCGAGUCAGUGAGGCGGCAUUUGACGGCACAUUGGUGACCAGUGUGUCUGCAACAGACAUUGAUGCGAAUGUGAAUGCCAAGAUCAGCUACAGAUUCCUUCAGACUCUGGAAGGGAUAACUGACUUUGAGAUUGACGCUGCAAGUGGUGAUAUACGUGUUGCUAAAGAAAAUAAGAUAGACAGAGAAAGACAGAGCAACUAUACAUUGACUGUGUUAGCAGUAGAUGGCAAUAUUAAUGCAUUGACAGGAUCAGCCACAGUUAAAAUAGAAAUAGAAGACAUCAAUGACAAUGCCCCUGCCUUUGCUCAGCCAGAAAUCAAUGUAAUGGUGCCAGAAAAUACCAAGAUAGGUUCAACAAUUGCUGUUAUAUCUGCCGUAGAUCCAGAUGAGGGGGCUAAUGCACUUAUAACCUAUUCAAUGGACAGUGGAUAUAAUGCUGACCUGUUUGUCCUCAAUCAAAACAAGCCAACAGACCCGGCCAGUAUCAUUAACCGCAUUGACCUAGACUUUGAAUCUGAGAACAAGGCUUACUACAUCCGCCUCAAAGCAGCCUCUGGCCAUCUCGUAACAUCAACAAUGGUGAAAGUUCUUGUCCAGGAUGUCAAUGAUAACAUCCCUGUUCUGAGAGACUUCACUAUAAUCUUCAACAACUAUGUGGACCACUUCCCGACCGGGCCAAUCGGGAGGGUACCAGCCUUUGAUCCAGACGUGUCAGACCAGGACAAGCUCAACUACACAUUCACAAUGGGAAACGAGGCUGGUUACCUCAUAUUGAACCAGACGUCAGGGGAGAUCACCCUCGACUCAAGGCUCAACUCAGACGUGCCCAGGAAUGGAACAUUCCAAGUCAGAGUCUCAGAUGGAGCCAAUGAGGUUCGAGCCACGUGCAGACUUCACGUGCGGCUGGUCACGUACAAGAUGCUCCAAAACAGUGUUACAAUCCGCAUCAACAACAUGACCAGCCACGUGUUCCUCUCACCACUCUUCACAUUCUUUGUGGACGCCCUGGCAACCAUCAUCAAUGUUCCGAAGAACAACCUGUUUGUGAUCAAUGUUCGUAAUGACACGGAUGUGACUGCCCAGAUUAUGAAUGUGACUGUGGCGGUGCGGGAGAGGUCGGAGGUGGUAGAUAGGCAGCUUGUGGACGUGUUCUACAUGCCAGAGUUUCUCAAGGAACAGAUCUACCUGAAGCGUGUGCUCCUCGCUAACCUAUCCACUCUGCAGAUUCUGCCAUUUGAUGACAACAUGUGUCUGGGAGAGAUGUGCCCAUACCUGGAGGCGUGUCUGUCCGUCCAGAGAUUUGAGGCCGCUGCCCCCUUCAUCACCACGGAAACCAUGCUGUUCCGACCCAUCUACCCCAGCAGCGGAUACCAGUGUGUCUGCCCAAAGGGAUUCACACGCUUUGACAAGUACAAGUACUGUGACGUGGAGGUGAACCUGUGUUACUCCAACCCGUGCAACAACUCUGCCACGUGCGUGAGUAGGGAGGGCGGAUACACAUGCCAGUGUAAGACAGGAUUUACAGGAGCCCAUUGUGAAUUUGACAUGUCGGCCAAGUCGGAGCACCAGUCCUGCCCGAGCUCCGCCUGCCGUGAGCCUGCCCACUGUUUACCGCUGAUUGAGGGCGGUUUCCGGUGUGAUGGGUGCCCACAGGGGUCACACUUCACCUCAUUUUGUGAGCUGAGGGCCCGUAGUUUUCCUAAGGGCUCUUUUCUCACCUACCCGACGCUUCGAUCACGACACAGAUUCAACAUCACUCUCAGUUUUGCAACUCAGGAGAGGAACGGUCUGCUGUUCUACAAUGGUCGUUUCAAUGAGCUGCAUGACUUUAUUGCCCUGGAGAUUGUGGAAGGCCAGGUGCAGUUCUCGUUCUCUACAGGGGCUGAGAUUAUCACCGUGAUGCCGCAGGUUGAGGGUGUGGUGAACGACGGCAAGUGGCACACUGUCACCGUUGACUACCUCAACACAACAGGGACGGUGUCGGUGGGAGCAGAGUGUGAGACUCAGAUUGCCAUCAUGUACGGGGCCAACAUUGGGUACAAGUGUGCUGCACGGGCAUCACAGACUUUCUCCCCGAACUGCUACAAGGAGGGUAACGUGUUUAACUGUCCCCGGAUGUUAGACCUGACUGGGCCACUCCAGAUCGGGGGCCUGCCCCAUCUACCCUCCGUCUUCCAGGUGAAAAACAAAGACUAUAUCGGCUGUAUGAGGGAUUUCUACAUCGACGGUGCCUUGCUUGACUUCAAUGCGUAUGUGUCUGAGACUGGAACCAAGGUCGGGUGUACGGAGAAGAACGACUUCUGCCGCAGUGCCCCCUGUCUUCAUGGUGGUUCAUGUAUGGAGGGUUGGGGCAGCUACCAGUGUGAGUGUCCCAAUGGCUGGGCCGGCAAGGACUGUAGCCAGAGUAUAGAGAAAUCCCGUAUGUUACGUGGUGAUGGUUACCUGAGUUACAGUGUGGACACCAUCGCCCCGGUCUACUCCCCGUGGUUUAACGGCAUCUCAUUCCGCACCCGUGCCAGCAACGGUACCCUGCUCUUCGUCGUGGCCCAGGAUGGGGAGACUAUACAUGUAGAGAUUGAGAAUGGUUACAUUGUGUACACAUAUGCGAACGGACUCACCCAGAAGUUUGUGUUUGACUCUGUGACAGUGGACGAUGGUCAGUGGCACUACUUUGAGGCCCGCUGGCUGGACACUGGAGAGAUGGUCAUGUUACUGGACCAUGGCCAGAGAGAGAAAACAGUGAAGAUUCAGAGCACAUUGUAUGGAAAGUCGAUCCAGAGAGUGUACGCUGGAGCCAUCAAACUGGAGAGUGUGCCCACAGCCAGCCACUUCUAUGGAUGUAUUCAGAAUGUACGUGUGGGUAACACCCAGACGUCGAAGCUGGAGAACCCAAACGUGACUAACGCCAUUGACGGCUGCCCUGCAGGGAAUCCAUGUGCCUCAAGUCCUUGCCAUCCCCGUGCCACGUGUGUCAACCACUGGCAGAAACACUCAUGCAUUUGCCCAUCUGGCACAAUGGGCCCUAACUGUGACAGUAUCUGUACGACUUACAACCCAUGUAAGAACAUGGCAACAUGUCGUAACCCAGCGGGUGGGGGAUACGUAUGUGAGUGCGGGAAACUGCAGUCGGGCCGCUACUGUGAGAACGUGGUGCAGCAGUGUGGUGCAGAGUGGUGGGGCUACCCUGUGUGUGGACCGUGCGCUGAGAACUGCACCGCUGAGAAUGGGUUCGAUCCAAACUGUGAUAAACAGACUGGGGAAUGUUCAUGUAAGGACAACUACUACCGGCCGACAAGUAGUCCCAUCUGUCUGCCAUGUAACUGUUAUGGUCACGGGUCUUCUAGCAUGACCUGUAAUUCUGUCACUGGCCAGUGCCCUUGUAUCGAGGGUGUGAUCGGCCAACGGUGUGACCAGUGCCCCAGCAAGUACGCAGAGAUACGCAAGGAUGAGGUGACCCUGAUUUAUGGAUGCAUGGUUGACUAUGAGGCGUGUCCACGUAUCUUCUCCCAUGGGAUGUGGUGGGACACAGACGAGGCUAAUGUGGUGGUCCCACAUGAGUGCCCAGACAACGCCAUUGGUCAAGCCCUCCGUAACUGCUCCAAGGACGGCUUGUGGCAGGAACCAGACUUCUUCAACUGUACAAACAGGCUCUUCCUGGAACACCAGGCUCAGAUUGAAAAAAUUGAGAGUGGUGAGUUGGAAAUCAACACAUUUGUUGCCAAGACAACCUUGAGUUCCCUGGCUAGCUCUGUGUCCUUGACGAAGACGCUGUAUGGUAAUGACCUGAACAUCACGCUGCGUAUCCUCUGCCGUAUUCUUAACUACGAGAACAACCAAUCAGGGCUCAGUCUGACUAGUGAACAGGACAGCAGAUUUCUCUAUAACCUGAUUUCCGUGUUGAGUGAUGUGCUGCAGACGCGAUAUGCCCGUGAUUGGGCCCAUCUUAGCUGUGGUGGAGAUGGGGCAGGGGAGAUUAUCAGGAAACUCGAGACAUACCUCAACACUACAUUGUCUGCCCUUGAACUGACCUCCACUGGGUCUGUUAGACCCUACAGCAUCAUCACCAACAACAUAGUGUUCAGCAUAGACUACAUCAACAAGAACAAUUUUACGGGCCGGGUGAUCCCGAAGUUUGACAACAUUGUGAGAGCCCCUAUGUUUGAUGAAGACACAAAUAUCAAUCUGCCCAAAUCCAUCCUCUCCCAAGCUACACUCACAGACUUCCUGAAUCCCCAGUUUGGUGUAACACCUAAGGCGUUUGUGGGCUACAUACUCUAUAAACAGCUGGGGGAUCUACUGCCCAGGAAAUAUGCCUCUAGUGUCAGGACAUUGGAAGGUCGUCCUAUCUCAGUGAACUCCCCAGUGUUUACAGUGCUAGUACGUGAUGAGGGUCAGGCUGUCACUGGUCCCCUGACUGACCCCGUCACCAUCACAUUCCGACAGCUGGUUACGGAGAACCGCACAUCACCACAGUGUGCUGCCUGGAUGUACAACAAGAACAGUGUCGGUGAGUGGUCUACGGCGGGCUGCUCAGUCCUUGAGCGCUUGUCUUGGGAUGAGGAGAUGUACGUCAAGUGUUCCUGUAACCACAUGACCAGCUACGCCCUUCUAAUGGAUGUAUCAGACCAAGAGUAUGUUCCCCCAGAGCCCAUCACGGUACAGGUGGUCACGUAUGUGGGUGUGUCCAUGUGUCUAGGCUGCCUGUUCAUCACCUUCAUCAUCCUGUUCUUCCCGAAGCGGAUCCAGUCCAACACCAACUCCAUCCAUAUCAACCUGAUGUUUGUCAUGUUUGUCUCCCAGAUGGCUUUCCUAGUUGGCAUCAACCGCACAGAGAAUGAGUUGUCUUGCCGUCUAGUUGCCAUAAUGUUGCACUACUUCUACAUGACUGGUUUCUCCUGGCUGUUUGUUGAUAUCCUGCACAUGUACCGAAUGUUGACUGAGAUCCGCAAUAUUGAUGCAGGAUCCAUGAAGUUCUACUAUCUCCUCGCCUACGUCAUACCCGGCAUCAUCGUCUCCCUGGCAACGGGCCUCAAUGCAGAGGGAUACGGAAACAAAAACUUCUGUUGGAUGUCAAUGAAGGACAAGUUUAUAUGGAGUUUUGCGGGGCCUGUUGCUGUGGCAGUGAUCAUCUCGGUGUUUGUGUUUGCUCUCGCAAUACGGGGCUCAUGUAGAGAGAAGGUGGCCGUCACUGAUGUACAGGCACUCCGGGUUGGUAUGUUUGGUAACAUCAUCUUGUUGCUGUUGUGGGGCGUGGCAUGGGUGGUGGGGCUGCUCUCUGUCAACUAUGAUGUCACAGGCCUCCACAUACUGUACGCCCUCCUCUCUCUCACACUCGGAGUCUUCAUCUUCAUCAUGUACACAGUUGUCAACCAUAAGGUUCGUCACGAGGUAAAGAAGUUGUGGUAUCGAUGUCGAGGCCACAAGCUUGACCUGGAUGAUAACAUCGGGGGAACACGUAGCUCCGUCUACAGUAGAUCGGCACUGGCGUAUCGUAAUGACAUGUGUGACGGUGGGACAAUGAAUCGCAUCAACGUGGGAAUCUCCACAACCUCCACCACCUCUCACUCAACGAGCAAAUCUAGCGGGGGCCUGUACCGCGGGGAGGAGUACCUGCGCAGUACCGAUACAUCCACAUCCGGGAAUCCCCCACCGUACACAUUUCAGAAACCUGGCAUGUAUGGGUACGACCCAGAGAAACCAGAGGGAUUAGACCCAGACACAAUGCAAAUCCGAGGAAAACGUGAGGGUAACGACUCAGAUUCGGACAGCGAGAUGUCAGAGCAUGCAAGUCUCGAUCUGGCAUCCAGCCACUCCUCGGACGACGAGGAUGAUGUAGAUGUACGACUAGACUGGGAAAACACAGCACCAAAAAACAAGAAAGUUGAGGAUGCUCGUGAACAGAUUCGCAAGAAGAAAGAAGAGUUUCUCCAGCAGCAGCAACAACAACAACAGCAGCAGCAGCAGCCAUCACCAAUGAUACCGUCCUCCACCCACCAGUAUCACAACCCAUUUGAACACCACAUAUAUGCAGGCCCUCCAUCCCCGAAGUAUUCCCCACAGCCCUCUCACAACCCAGGACAGUGGCCCGGGGACCCCCAGCUCUCGGGCUACACAGGAAGUGAGUCAGACUACCGCUCAUCAGACCAGCCAACCCUCUCCAGCACCCAGCCUGAUGUCACUCUCCAGACGCCCGAGUAUAAAGGACGAGAAUUUAAGGUAGCGACAUCCAGGCGAAUGGACUCUGUGGAUAUCGGUAGACUGAGUCCCCGGUCCCCACUGGGGUCCCCCCAGGUCAAACACUCCCCAAGGGAGGACUUGGGUAGCUCGCCACUAGGUAGCCCCCCUCAUAGCCCUCGCUCUGGGCCAGGGAGUCCCAUUCCCCAUCCUCAAGACCGCAUGGUGGUCAAGGUGUUCACACACAGGGGCAGCGUGUCCUCAGACUCCGAGUCAGAAUGCAGUCAUGAAACUUGUGUUUGAUGUCGUCAUGGAAACUGUUGUCACGGAAACUGUAGGAAUAAGACAAGAAGUUUGGGAAAGUUUCUUCUUAUGGAAGAACACCACCAAAGUUAAUUAAACAAGUGCUUUGUGAUAGUAGUAAUACGAGUGUGAAUGUCACAAGGAGGUUGUGAUUAAUUCAAUGAUAUAUAUAUAUAUAUAUAUAUACAUACUAACACAUUGUUUCUCUGUAGAAACAAAACCCAGUGAGUUUUUGAUUGGUUAGAAAUGAAAAACAAGACCAUGAUCAAAAUUCUGUGGGUGAAUGCUUCUUCUUACUUUAAUGAAGCAAAGUCCAAUUUAAAGUAAAAAGAUUUACAGAUAUUGAUUGAUCUCAGACUUUGAUGCCAUAAGAGAAAAGUGGAGUUCAUUACCUGUGUUGAAAAUGUCCAAGACAGAAACUAUUGAAGGUUUUACAACGGUAAACGAUACAGUAUAUUAGUAUUUCUUCUACAGUGUGGUUUAUGAAGAGAAAUCCUCGUGUGUGAAAUCAGUUUUUAAACAUUAUUUUUGUAACUGUAAUAUGUUAAUGCAUUUAUGAACUAUGUUGAGAAGGCAAUUUGUGUGUUUCAUUUCCCAAUAGAUACUCCUGCAUUGCAAUCAUUACCACAAAAUUAAUUUCCAGCAUCUACAAAUGAUUAAUCUUUCAGUUCAUCUGCAUUUUGAGUGUGCCAUAAACAUUUCAUUGCAGGAACACAGUCCCAGCCUCAUUCAGUUAUAAUAAUAUAUCUUGGUUGUAGCAUUUUCACCGUGUUGUGAUGCAAAUAAGCAAGUGCUCUUCUAUUUGAUUGCCUUCUUUCAUUGCUCAGUUUUUCUGGUUUAAUUUUUAGAUAUUUAAUAAGUAAACCAUUAGGUCAACACUCGGAAAGUGAUGACAUGUUGCUUUUGAGAUCAAUCUUACUUCAUAUCAUAUCAAAAUAUGUACAAUCUUAAUUUCCUAACAGAUGUUUAUAAAUACAGUGUAGCAUAAUGUUUUGUUUGAUUUGUGUGAAUAUGUCAACAUAUUUAUUUCAUUUAUCUAUUGUAAUUGUUUUUCUUUGUUUACACAUUUUGGAAUACUGUGUUUGUGAAUACAUUGGAUGUUUUGUACAAUAUCCUAACAAGGAAUAAAACUUAAAAUUGA